GGUGUGUUGUGAUCUGAGGUGGGCGAAAUAGUUGGGCUGUCAAAAAAUCUGUGUGUGUUGAAAAUUUUUCGACUACGGCUACGGCCCCUUGAUGGCUGGCCCUGCUGCGCUGCAAAGAAGCACCCACAGUGAAAAGCGGACGGCAACACAGCAGCAGCAGCAGCAGCAGCCCUCCGGAAGGUGAACGCGGGGUUGUCCCACCGCGAACUCCCCAUUCACCGAAUCCUCUCGCCAUCCCCGCCCGAAAGCGCACGGAACACCAGCAGCAGGUGAGGGCAUCCAGACGGCUAUCUCCCUGCGCUGUUCACCAGCGAGCAGCAUCAUCAUCACCAUCGCCGUCGGGUGUCGAGCGGCGGGUACGCGGGGCACGAGCGGACGGAAGGGAGGCGCCGCGUUUCGGCCCGUCCCUGCGCUGCUGCAGCGAUGGCCAGUGGAAGCGAGAGCUCGGACGAGUUCUACGAUGCACUGGAUGACAGCGUGCUGGCGAAAUCGUCUACCGAAGGGGGUGGCGCGGGAGGAGGAGAAGGGGCAGGAGGUGCUAGCAGAAGGCGUACCGAGCACCCAUCGACCGGGGCGGGUCACUCCGGUGCGCCUGUAGCAAGCGGCCACCAUGCGUCGGCGGCGCCGCACACGACGGACGCGCUGACGCAGCGGCACCCGGCCGCCCAGCAGGACCGGAUUGGCGCGAUGGGCGAGAGCAGUGCCUUCGCCGCCACCAAGAGGAGUCACCCCAAACCGACCGGUGGGCCGUUGGGUGGCCCGUCCGCUGCCUUCGCCGAACAGCCCUUCAAGGAACCGAAAUCGCUUCGUAGUCAGCGAUUUCACGAGUUGCGCCAAAGCAUGCAAAACGACGAAGACGAGAAUCCGGGCAAUAUACUGACACCUGACUCGCAGAACAGCUCCGUCGAGGGCAUGUACGUGUCGACGGGCCGUUCGAACUACCCGUUUCGCGUGAUUGAGAGCGACGUCGCCAGCAUCCACAGCAUUUCCUCGCUCGGGAUAGUCGGCCGCAUCAUGGCCGGUGGCAGCAUCGAUACGUUCGCACACAGCGCCGGUUCGUCCAGCGUGAAGCAGGUGGCGGUACCGGGGAAACAGCAGCCACCGAGCAAAAAGGGUACCAGUGGAACCGGUGGCCAGAUACCGGCAGCGAAUUCUGACGUUAUCAGCAGCACAAAGAACGCGGCCCAGUCGAAAGCCACCGAUGCAACGUUCGCCGUCCCCGUCACCGCGCCCAGCACCACCGACGCCGGUGCGGUCGUGCACGAGCGCCCCGUGGCGCCGCCGCGCCGCAAGAAGAAGGCGCGCAAACUCUCCAGCAGCUCGUCCGAGCAGUUUAACAUGAACGAAGGCCUUACGCUACCACCGGCGGACAGCUCGUCGAGCGAGCUGCUGAUGGUGAAGAUACCGCCACCGGCCAGCCAGUGCGACAGUGGUGCCGGUCCGGGCACCGUUGCCCUCGCCGCCGUCGCAACGGCCAAGCAUGCUGGCGGCGGCAGCAGCACCGGCAGCAAUGGGGUGAGCAGCGCCAGCAGUGCGGACGUUACCACGACCGGCGGUGACAGUAACAGCGGCCAGACGCUUCCGUCGCCCGCCACGCUCGAGUCGAUUACGCGCGAAAUCGAAAACUCGUUCGAGGAGGCGGCAACCGCAGUGGCGAACGGUGCCGGCGUCCCGUCCGCCCUCACGAACGGGGGCAAUGGGGCGAGCACGGGUGGCACCGGCAGUGUCGGCGGUGCCGGUUCGCUUACCCGCAUGACGCUCGGCGGCAGCCAGACCAAGUGCAGCCAUAUCAGCCCGACCGGCAGCCUGAAGAGCGUGUCCGGCCCGUCGUCCCACGUCAGCUGGACGGACAACGCGCAGGGGCUGAACAUCUACAAGGCGACCAAGGGCCAGUACGUGGUGAAGCCGACCGACGGUGCGUUCAACAAGGCGGAGGGGCCGUCGCGGGACGAGAUCGCGCGGGUCGAGCGGAUCCGGCGCGAGUUCUUCCGCAACGUGGGCAGCAGCGGCAUCGGGAUGGUGAGCGGUGGCAUCGGCAGCAUGGGCAUCGGCGGCGGCACGGGCAGCGUCGGCACGGGUGUGCCGGGGCUCGGGGUCGGCGGGAUGGGCAGCCAUCGGAAGAACUACUCCAUCACCGGCACGAACAGCCUCGAGGGCGGCAUGCGGCACGGGAGCCUCGCGGCCAAGCAGCUGCAGCUGCGCGAGCGCCGCAAGUCGGCCGGCGACGAGGAACAGUUCAAGCAGAUGAACAUGUACGUCCGGACGCGCACCAACUCGGGCAAGCAGCUGACCGACAUGGAGAUACUCGAGCAGGUGCCGGUGAAAAACCUCGACACCGGGGAAAACUUCCCCCUCUCGGCGGUGGAGGAGAAGCUGCCCCAGUGCAUCAAUCCGCUCUCGCUGCACAUCAUGCGCCUGACCAGCCACAUCCCGGAGACGGACGAGGAGUCGGUCGGCCCGCAGCCCGACUCGGACUCGAUACAGCUGCCCGGCUACGAGGAGGAGCUCGAGUCGGAGGGGCUCGAGGGCGGCCGGCUGAAGCGGCGGACCGCCCGGCUGAAGCGGUUCUUCCGCACCACCGCGAAGAAGACGGUCAGCAAGGCGAAAUCGAUCGCGUCGGAGGUGUCGCACGCCCGGCACAAGGAGGACGUGGCGGACAUACAGGACGUGGGCAACCCGGAGCAGAACAUCAAGAUCAAGGCGUCCAGCACGAACAAGGGCCCGUACGACUUUGCCAAGCUGCAGCACGUCCAGGACCUGUCCGGCGAGCACACGGUCGCCGUCUGGUGCAUGAAGUUUAGCAGCUGCGGCCGGCUGCUGGCGACGGCCGGCCAGGACCGCGUCCUCUGCAUCUGGGUGCUGAAGGACGCGUACCCGUUCUUUCAAACGAUGCGCACCAAGUACAACGCGGACCAGAAAGCGUCCCCGACGCCGUCGGAGGAGGCGCUGAACGCGUCGAUGAUCGCGUCGCCGGCGGACGAAUCGCUCACCUCGGUGCAGUCGGACGAGUCGGUCUCGUCGCCCGGCCCGUUCAUGCCGCGCUCGUUCUGCACCUACACCGGCCACACGUCCGACCUGCUCGACGUGUCCUGGUCGAAGAACUACUUCAUCCUGUCGAGCUCGAUGGACAAAACGGUGCGGCUGUGGCACAUCUCGCGCCGCGAGUGUCUCUGCUGCUUUCAGCACAUCGACUUCGUGACGGCGAUCGCGUUCCAUCCGCGGGACGAUCGCUACUUCCUGAGCGGCAGCCUGGACGGCAAGCUGCGCCUGUGGAACAUCCCGGAGAAGAAGGUCGCGCUCUGGAACGAGGUGGACGGGCAGACGAAGCUCAUAACGGCGGCCAACUUCUGCGCGAACGGCAAGUUUGCGGUGGUGGGCACGUACGACGGGCGCUGCAUUUUCUACAACACGGACCAGCUGAAGUACCACACGCAGAUACACGUCCGCUCGACCCGCGGGCGGAAUGCGAUCGGCCGGAAGAUUAGCGGUAUCGAACCGAUGCCAGGCGAGGACAAAAUUCUGGUCACCUCCAACGACAGCCGCAUCCGGCUGUACGAUCUGCGGGACCUGAACCUGAGCUGCAAGUACAAGGGCUACCUGAACUCGUCCUCCCAGAUCAAGGCGUCGUUCAGCCACGACGGCAAGUACAUCAUAUCCGGCUCGGAGAACCAGUGCAUCUACAUCUGGAAGACGCAGCACGAGUACGCUAAGCUCAGCUCGGUUCGGCGCGAUCGAAGCGACUUCUGGGAAGGCAUCAAGGCGCACAACGCGACCGUCACGUGUGCAAUCUUCGCACCGAAGCCGGAGGCAAUCAUCAUGCUCGAUCCGGACGAAACGGCGAGCAACAGCGAGAUCUCCCUUAACCAAUCGUUCGUGGAGCAGAGCAAAAAGGCGUGCCGGGGGUACGUGAUGGUGAGUGCCGACUUUAGCGGCUGCAUCAAGGUGUUCAUCAACAAAACGAAACCGAAACACAGCAGCCUGCCGUACACGGCGAUAGCGGACUAAGGCGCCUGGCGGCCCGCGCUGUGUGACGUCAUGCUGGGCGAAGAAAGUGUUGGUAGGAACGCGAGGGACGGACAAUAGCUAAAACAAAGAAGGAAUCCGUGGGCAGCUAGGAAGCAGUAGAAGAAGAAAAAACAAAAUUGUGAUGUGUAAAGAAGAAGACGAAGAGAAGCAGAGAGAAGGGAAACGGAGAGGGUGCGAAAGGGCAGCGGUGAUGAACUGCUAACGCAGCGCGCGCGCGUCUCUUAUACAGCCGUUGCGUGUGACCAUCGGGACUACUCUACUAGAAGCACGGAACGGAACAACCUGUAACCGUGCCUCCCGUUAGCGGGGGCCGAGUUGUAGGGCAAGGCAAGCUUAGGAUCGAUACCGAAGAUUGACCCGGAUGUGACGACGUUUGUGUAUGGUAUUAGCCUCAUCCGUCUCCGGCGAGCGUUCGCGUUCAGGGGUUGCCGCUUUAUACUAUCCCGCCGCGUUCGCCUUUCCCAACCCCGCGGUUCCAUUUCCCCGCUUAACUUUAUUUUAUAUCCACUUUUGUGCGUGUGUACGCUACGUUUCCCGCCAGCAGUCUUUCGAUGCAUGUUUUCAAAACCCUCGAGACGCGGGAGAAGCUUUAAAAGCGAAGCAAGCAGUUAACUUAUUCUUAUCAUUGUUUGUGCACGUGUGUGUGUGAGAGUUUGUGUAUAUUGCAACAACAAAACAACAACAACAACAACAACAUGUUUAGCGCGUACAGUUUUGUGUGUGCUUUUGCUUUGUGGUCAAGUCAGCUUCCGCACCGCACACAUUGUUACCAGCACACAUAUACUAUUGCGGGGCGGUGCCAUAGUGUACGACUUAAUCACAUGCGCCCGUCAUGGAUUCAAGCCUCAUAUGGACCGGUUCCCUUCCCCCCCCCCCCCCCCCGUGCGUAAGCAAGGACUGACUUUGACUAUCCGGCUGCGUGUGGCACUGUAUAGGGCCGGCAUGUGCGCGAAGAUGAACAUUGUGCGACUAGGGAAAUGGGGGGAAGCUGCUUGCAGGUUAAUAACACCAAAUAUUUGAAGUAGGAUUAGUACGUUUAGAUUUUAGGUAAGGCGCAGAGCCGCAAACAGUAUGAUAGUGUAAUGCAAAA